GGCGGACACGACUUCGCUGGGCACUCUGAGGACGGUCCCUUCCCCUCACCGAGGAGUUGGCGGCUGCUGCUUUGCUCCAGGACCCAGGUUCAGAGAUGGGCAGUGAAAAGGAGCAGAGUCCAGAACCACACCUGCCUGAGGAAGGGGAAGCGGGUAAGCCUUGGAGAGUGGAUGGCUCAGAGGGUUCUCACAUCCCAUCUGGGGAAAAGGAUCUUGGGCAGGAGAACCCACUGAUGAGGCCACAAGGAACACAGUCAGAAGAGCCAUGGCAGAAAAUCAUUGCCCCAGCUGAAGGACCAGAGAAUCCUAUUGCUCCUCCAAAGCCUGAGGCAGAGGAGAAGCCCUUUAUAUGUGUUCAGUGUGGCAAAACCUUCACCAAUACCUCUAACCUGAGAACACACCUACGGAUCCACACUGGUGAGAAGCCUUACAAGUGUUCCGAAUGUGGUAAGAGCUUUUCCCGAAGCUCCAACCGCAUCCGGCAUGAACGGAUCCACCUGGAAGAGAAGCACUACAAAUGUCCCAAGUGUCAGGAGUGCUUUCGGCGGCGUUCAGACCUCACCACGCACCAGCAAGAUCACCUGGGCAAGCGGCCGUACCGCUGCGAUAUCUGUGGUAAGAGCUUCAGCCAGAGUGCCACACUGGCUGGGCAUUAUCGGACCCACCUGGAGCCAGCGCCUUACAUCUGCUGUGAGUGUGGGAAGAGCUUCAGCAACAGCUCCAGCUUUGGAGUGCACCACCGCACCCACACUGGUGAGAGGCCAUAUGAAUGUGCUGAAUGCGGGCGGACCUUCAGUGAUAUCUCCAACUUUGGAGCACACCAGAGGACCCACAGAGGAGAGAAGCCCUACCGGUGCACUCUUUGUGGGAAGCAUUUCUCCCGGAGCUCGAAUCUUAUUCGUCAUCAGAAAACACACUUGGGUGAGCAGAAUGGGAAAGAUUCCAGCUGAAGGGAAGCCGCAGUUAAGAGUGGGAAGAGAGAGUGAGAGACCCAUUCUAGUGGAGGAAGAAGACCUUUAGGAUCUGCUGCUGCCACCUUGAUUUCAAGUGCUUCAUCCCACUUUGGAGAUUGGUUUCCUGUUGCCUCCGAAGCCAGGAUCUCCAAGAAAUCCUGAGAAGGGACUCUGAAUAAAAAUCCUCCCAGGCAAUUUCUUGCCAUAGAAAGUCAGAGAACCCAGUCUUGGCUUCACCUUGUUGGAUGUGAAAGAGAAGUAGGGUAGGCUCCAGACAUGUUCAUGUCAUUGGGUUAGCAGUUCUCUGGCCUUUGAGGAAGCACCUGUGAGAUGGCAUCACUGUCUGAAGUACCUUCAUAUUGUCCAUGAACUGUUUAGGGUACACUGCAGUGGGCUGCUAGAUUCCUACCUGCUGUACCCCAACUCAAGUUGUGCUUCUGGAUCUGGAGGCUGGGAGGAGUGGCCCUUCUUGGAAGGGUCCUUCUUGGCCUGAGAAGAGGUUUGAGGUUCUGUCUUAGGAAUGAAAGAGAAGCCCACUAGAAUCGUCACACUCCCCCAUAUUUGUUACCUAUUAUCCCCACUUCACUCUCCAUCUGUUUCCUUGUGAUGAUUAGCACUUAAUGAUUCAACGAAAAAGACCCAUGGACUGACUUGAAGAGGUGGGGAGUGAGGGAGAGUGUCCCAGUGCAGCCAUUCUGGAAGGGAACUGAAUUCUAACAAAGAAAGAUGGGAGCUGGAAUUGUGGCUCAGUGAUAGAGCACUUGUCUUGCAAGUGUGAGGCCCUGAGUUUGAUCC